GGAAGCCCCCCUCCUCCAUCCCCGGGGGCCGCGUCGCCUCUCCGUGCGGCCUCGGGCCUUCCGUUCGGGCCUCGCCGUCCGUCCCUCCGCCGCCAUGUCCAUUUCCAACCCGCCGAGCAGCAACGACGCGUGCCUCAGCAUCGUCCACAGCCUCAUGUGUCACCGGCAGGGGGGCGAGAGCGAGACGUUCGCCAAGCGGGCCAUCGAGAGCCUGGUGAAGAAGCUGAAGGAGAAGAAAGACGAGCUGGAUUCGCUCAUCGCCGCCAUCACCACCAACGGCGCCCACCCGAGUAAAUGCGUGACCAUCCAACGGACGUUGGACGGGCGGCUGCAGGUGGCGGGGAGGAAAGGCUUCCCUCACGUCAUCUACGCCCGCCUGUGGCGUUGGCCCGACCUGCAUAAGAACGAGUUGAAGCACGUCAAGUAUUGCCAGUACGCCUUCGAUCUCAAGUGCGAUAGCGUGUGUGUCAAUCCGUAUCACUACGAGAGGGUCGUCUCGCCCGGCAUCGAUCUGUCCGGGCUGACCCUGCAGAGCUCUGCCCCGUCCAGUUUGUUGGUGAAGGACGAAUACGUCCCCGACUUCGAAGCUCAGCCCUCCCUCUCCUCCACCGACGGCCAUUCGGUUCAGACCAUCCAACACCCACCGGGCGGUAGAGCUCCCGCUGAGGCCUACAGCGGCGCUACGGAAACCGGAGCCGCCAACUUCCCUUCUAUCCCGGUGGCGUCCAGCAGCCAACCCCCCACCGUAUUACCGGGCGCCCAUAACGACUCUCUCCUCCCGUUGGCUCCGGGACCGCAGGCGGCGGCGGCAGCGGCGGCGGCGGCGGCGGCUCAGAACGGUUUCCCGGCCCAACCGGCGACCUAUCACCACAACAGCGGCGGUAACGGAGGGUGGAGCGGAAGCCGCGGCGCGGCGUAUCCUUCCGCCAUCCCUCACCAUCAGAACGGUCACCUGCAGCACCACCCCCCCCUCCACCCGGGGCAUUACUGGCCGGUGCACAACGAGCUCGCCUUCCAACCGCCCAUCUCCAACCAUCCUGCCCCGGAAUAUUGGUGUUCCAUCGCCUAUUUCGAGAUGGACGUUCAGGUCGGGGAGACCUUUAAGGUCCCUUCCAGUUGUCCCGUGGUCACCGUGGACGGUUACGUGGAUCCGUCGGGAGGCGACCGCUUCUGUUUGGGGCAGCUGUCCAAUGUCCAUCGCACCGAAGCCAUUGAGAGAGCACGGUUGCACAUCGGGAAGGGGGUGCAGCUGGAGUGCAAAGGGGAAGGGGACGUGUGGGUGAGGUGCCUGAGCGACCACGCCGUGUUCGUGCAAAGCUAUUACCUGGAUCGGGAAGCCGGGAGGGCGCCGGGGGACGCCGUGCACAAGAUCUAUCCCAGCGCUUAUAUUAAGGUGUUUGAUCUGCGACAGUGCCACAGACAGAUGCAACAACAGGCAGCCACGGCGCAGGCAGCGGCAGCGGCGCAGGCAGCGGCCGUAGCCGGGAAUAUCCCCGGGCCGGGCUCUGUGGGUGGCAUCGCGCCGGCAAUUAGUGAGUAAUUAGCGCUCAUUAGUUCUUAACGGAACGGCCGCCGGUCUCUCUCGGCCCCCAUUGGCACUCAAUGGUCUCCAUUGGUGUCUAUUGGCACUCAAUGGCACCCAUUGGUACCAAUUAGCCCUCGUUAGCGUUUAUGAGAUCCUAUUAGCACCCAUUAACACCAUUUGACACUCAUUAGCCACUCUUGGUGCCAAUUAGUCCUCAUUAGCACCCAUUGGCACCCAUUGGUCCCUAUUAGCCUCCAUUGGCGCCCAUUGCCACCCAUUGGCCCCUAUUAGCCCCCAAUUAGUCCUUAUUAAUGUCUAUUAGCACCUAUUAACACCUUUCAGCACUCACUGGCCCCAAUUAGUUCUCAUUACCACUCAUUAGCACCUAUUGACACCCCUUCGUCCCCAUUAGCACCCAUUAAUGCCCAUUGGCUCCUAUUGGCCUCAAUUAGUACUCAUUAGUCCCUAUUAGCACCUAUUAGCACUCAUUGACAUGCAUUAACUUCUAUUGGCCCUAAUUAGUCCUCGUUAGUCCCUAUUAGCAGCCAUUAGCCCCCAUUGACCCCAUUAGGCCUCAUUAGCCCCUAUUAGCAGCCAUUAGCCCCCAUUGACCCUAUUAGGCCUCAUUAGCCCCUAUUAGCACCCAUUAGCCCCCAUUAACCCCAUUAGGCCUCAUUAGCCCCUAUUAACACUCAUUAGUCUCCAUCGACCCCAUUAGACCUCGUGCCCUGAUUAGCUCCCAUUAGCCCCCAUUGACCCCAUUAGUCCUCAUUAGCCCCUAUUAGCACCUAUUAGCCCCCAUUAGCCCUCAUUAACCCUUAUUAGCACCCAUAAGCCCCCACUGGUUCCAUUAGCCCUCAUUAUCCCCUAUUAGCACCCAUUAGCCCCCAUUGGUUCCAUUAGCUCUCAUUAGCCCUUAUUAGCACCCAUUAGCCCCCACUGACCCCAUUAGCCCCUAUUAGCACCCAUUAGCCCGCAUUGACCCCAUUAGCCCCUAUUAGUACCUAUUAGCCCCCAUUGACCCCAUUAGCGCCUAUUAGCCCCCACUGACCCCAUUAGUCCUCAUUAGCCUCUAUUAGCACCCAUUAGCGCCCAUUAAUCCCACUAAGCCUCAUUAGCCCAUGUUAGCACUCAUUAGCCCCCAAUGAUCCCAUUAGCCCUCAUUAGCCCCUAUUAGCACCCAUUAGCCCCCAUUGGUUCCAUUAGCUCUCAUUAGCCCUUAUUAGCACCCAUUAGCCCCCGCUGACCCCAUUAGCCCCUAUUAGCACCCAUUAGCCCGCAUUGACCCCAUUAGCCUCUAUUAGUACCUAUUAGCCCCCAUUGACCCCAUUAGUUCUCAUUUACCCCUAUUAGUACCCAUUAGCCCCCACUGGCCCCAUUAGCGCCUAUUAGCACCCAUUAACCCCAUUAGUCCUCAUUAGCCUCUAUUAGCACCCAUUAGCGCCCACUAACCCCAUUAAGCCUCAUUACCCCAUAUUAGCACUCAUUAGCCCCCAUUGACCCCAUUAGUCCUCAUUAGCCCCUAUUAGCCACCAAUGAUCCCAUUAGCCCUCAUUAUCCCCUAUUAGCACCCAUUAGCCCCCAUGGGUUCCAUUAGCUCUCAUUAGCCCUUAUUAGCACCCAUUAGCCCCCACUGACCCCAUUAGCCCCUAUUAGCACCCAUUAACCCCAUUAGUCCUCAUUAGCCUUUAUUAGCACCCAUUAGCCCCCACUGACCCCAUUAAGCCUCAUUAGCCCAUAUUAGCACUCAUUAGCCCCCAGUGACCCCAUUAGUCCUCAUUAGCCUCUAUUAGUCACCAAUGAUCCCAUUAGCCCUUAUUAGCCCCUAUUAGCACCCAUUAGCCCCCAUUGGUUCCAUUAGCUCUCAUUAGCCCUUCUUAGCACGCAUUAGCCCCCGCCGACCCCAUUAGCCCCUAUUAGCACCCAUUAGCCCGCAUUGACCCCAUUAGCCCCUAUUAGUACCUAUUAGCCCCCAUUGACCCCAUUAGCGCCUAUUAGCCCCCACUGACCCCAUUAGUCCUCAUUAGCCUCUAUUAGCACCCAUUAGCGCCCAUUAAUCCCACUAAGCCUCAUUAGCCCAUGUUAGCACUCAUUAGCCCCCAAUGAUCCCAUUAGCCCUCAUUAGCCCCUAUUAGCACCCAUUAGCCCCCAUUGGUUCCAUUAGCUCUCAUUAGCCCUUAUUAGCACCCAUUAGCCCCCGCUGACCCCAUUAGCCCCUAUUAGCACCCAUUAGCCCGCAUUGACCCCAUUAGCCCCUAUUAGUAC